ACCCGCACCCUCACCAGGCCUCCGAUCGGGGCGCCCCGGCAGAGCCCCCCGCGGCAAGGUUUGCACCCCGGCUCGUGGAAACGGCGCCCUGAGCCCCCCCGGGCCGGGCAGACGGCCCCGACACGGCGCCGAGACCCCCCGCCGCGUCGUCCCCGCGGCCCCAGCCCAGGGAGAAGAUGAGCGUGGGCUGCCCGGAGCCAGAGCUGCCCCGUUCUCUGCCGUGCUGUGGGCCAGGGGCCCCCCCUGGACUGGGUGCAGGGGUGCCAGUCCUCACCGAGGACAUGCAGGCGCUCACCCUACGCACACUGGCCGCCAGCGAUGUCACCAAGCAUUAUGAGCUUGUGCGGGAGCUGGGCAAAGGCACCUACGGGAAGGUUGAGCUGGUGGCCUACAAGGGGACAGGCAUGAAGAUGGCGCUGAAGUUCGUGAAUAAGAGCAAAACGAAGCUCAAGAACUUCCUGCGCGAGGUGAGCAUCACCAACAGCCUCUCCUCCAGCCCCUUCAUCAUCAAGGUGUUCGACGUGGUCUUUGAGACCGAGGACUGCUACGUGUUCGCCCAGGAAUACGCACCCGCGGGGGACCUGUUCGACAUCAUCCCUCCUCAGGUGGGGCUGCCCGAGGACACGGUGAAGCGCUGCGUGCAGCAGCUGGGCCUGGCGCUGGACUUCAUGCACGGGCGGCAGCUGGUGCACCGCGACAUCAAGCCCGAGAACGUGCUGCUGUUCGACCGCGAGUGCCGGCGCGUGAAGCUGGCCGACUUCGGCAUGACGCGCCGCGUGGGCUGCCGCGUGAAGCGCGUGAGCGGCACCAUCCCCUACACGGCGCCCGAGGUGUGCCAGGCGGGCCGCGCCGACGGCUUCGCGGUGGACACGGGCGUGGACGUGUGGGCCUUCGGCGUGCUCAUCUUCUGCGUGCUCACCGGCAACUUCCCGUGGGAGGCGGCGUCGGGCGCCGACGCCUUCUUCGAGGAGUUCGUGCGCUGGCAGCGGGGCCGCCUGCCGGGGCUGCCGUCGCAGUGGCGCCGCUUCACCGAGCCGGCCCUGCGCAUGUUCCAGCGGCUGCUGGCGCUCGAGCCCGAGCGGCGCGGGCCGGCCAAGGAGGUGUUCCGCUUCCUGCGCCACGAGCUCACGUCCGAGCUGCGCCGCCGGCCCUCGCACCGCGCGCGCAAGCCCCCCGGCGACCGCCUGCCCCCCGGGCCGCUCAAGCGGACGGUGCUCACCGAGAGCGGCGGCAGCCCCCGGCCGGCCCCCCCUGCCGUCGGGCCCGGGCCCGUGCCGGUGUCCGUGCCCGAGGCCGGCCUGGCGCCCCCGGGGGCCCCCAGCAGGACGGACGGACGCCCCGACAAGAGCAAAGGGCAGGUGGUGCUGGCCACGGCCAUUGAGAUCUGCGUGUGAGCCUGGGGGUGCCCCCAGUCGAGCACGGGGCUGCCCCAGGUGGGGCGGUGGUCCCCACCCCACCCCAAAGCCGCGCCCCCCGCGCGGGCGGGUAGAGGUAGAUUGGGCCAGGACGCCCAGCCGCAGAGGGUCCCCCCCACCCAAAGACCUCCUGCCCCCUCCUGGAGGAUAAGGGCUGGGUCCAGGGAGCCCCAGCGACUUGAGGAUGCAGAGGCCUCGAACCAGGAGCAAGGGAGCUAGCUGCCAGAGCCCCUUGCACACACACACACACACCCCAUCUCCCCGACCUUUGCCUCCCUGACUAGUUGCAUCCCCCUUGAUAGAUUACGCAAGCACCUGCCCUCCUGGCCUGGGUACCCAGCCUGGGCAAGGUGGUGCGUGCUGGGUGUGGGCACUGAGGAAGGGCUGCGAGGAAGGGAGCUGAGAGCAGGGGUGCGGGCUGGACCUCUGAAAAUGUAGCAGAUGUCUGGAUGAGCGAGCGAGCGUGUGUGCGUGUGCG